GCUUCCAGCCCUGGUGGCGCCUCAAGGCACGUGGGUGUCUCUGGCAUGUUGACAGACAGCCUCUUGAUGCUGCCCUACCUAGCAGGAUCCGUGACUCCAGCUUUUACAGGUCUGAGUGUUCCUUCUCACCUACGAAAUCUAGGACUGCCAGGGGUUAGGGGGUUGGUCUAAAGACCUGGGGCCUUGGAUCAGCCUGAGUAGCUGAUGCUUUCCUCUGUGAUGGACAGAGCAGGCUAGGGCUGGUCUUUCCUGAUUCAUAUGCCUGUUUCCCUGAUGGGAUGCCACUCAAGGUGCCUUAUGCUGGGCCAUCUAGUUUCUGGAGAGGUGGAGACAACGAGAGGCUGGCUAUGGGCAUUGAUGUCCCUCACUGUAGUGUUGAGAUUCCUCCAGGGGGCUCCCAGGGAUUUUCUGCCAUGAUUCUAAGUCAGUGGAGUUGGUUUAGCAUAUGCCCCAUCUCUUGCCCUCUUGGGUCUCUGGAAUGGGAGCCAGUUCUGGAAUCCACUCCAUGGAAGGGGCGGUUCCCAUUGUAGUCCAGCCCCUUCCUGGUCCAGGGCUUCAAAUACCUGUAGGUGCUUUGGAAUCAGAGUUACCUUAGGUCCAGGACUGCAGUUCAUCUUGGGCCACAGAGGCCCUCAGUCUGGACUGAAUCUCACUGACUCUGGACACUACCUUAUUUACAGCCCAGGUAAGUCUGAGGGCUGGGCUGGAGGCUGGGUGGGAACAGAAUCCUUCCAUCCUUGCAAUGAGAGAUCAUCAUGCUCUCGCCCCCACAUACACACACUCUGAAGAAACACGGAGAACAUAGGAAUGCAGGUCAAUAUAGAUACCAGACCUAGUUGGUUACAGAGAAGCUAUGAUCUGGUGUUACUCCGGGACAUCCCUGUCCCCAGGCUUUCUGCUUUGCCAUGGGUUGGCCCUGGGCCUGGCUGACAGCACUUUGGGCACUGGGGGCCAUGGGGGCCACAGCACUGCGCAUCGGAGCCUUCAACAUCCAGAGCUUUGGUGACCACAAAGUGUCAGACGCAGACUGCGGCAGUGUCAUCGCCCAGAUCCUGGCUGGCUAUGACAUCGCCCUGGUGCAGGAGGUACGAGACCCAGACCUGAGUGCGGUGUCUUUGCUCAUGGAACAAAUUAACAGAAUAUCCAAGCACGAAUACAGUUUUGUGAGCAGCAAGCCACUCGGGCGUGACCAAUACAAGGAAAUGUAUCUGUUUGUCUACAGGAAAGACGCAGCGUCGGUUGUGAGCACAUACCAGUAUCCAGACCCAGAGGAUGCCUUCAGCCGGGAGCCUUUUGUGGUCAAAUUUUCAGCUCCUAGCUCUGCCGCCAAGGAGCUGGUGCUGAUCCCCCUGCAUGCAGCACCACACCAGGCAGUGGCAGAGAUCGAUGCCCUCUACGAUGUGUACCUUGAUGUGAUUGACAAGUGGAACACCGAUGACAUGCUGUUUCUGGGUGACUUUAAUGCUGAUUGCAAGUAUGUAAAGGCACAUGACUGGGCGUCGAUCCGCCUGCGCAGCAGUGAGGUGUUUAAGUGGCUCAUCCCAGACAGUGCGGACACCACAGUGGGAAACUCAGACUGUGCCUACGACCGGAUUGUAGUGAGUGGUGCCCACCUACGCAGGAGCCUGGAGCCCCAGUCAGCCGCUGUUCACAACUUUCAGGAGGAAUUUGGCCUAGAUCAGACCCAGGCUCUUGCCAUCAGUGACCAUUUUCCUGUGGAAGUGACCUUCAAGUCUCACUGACAGCUAAGGCCUCCAGGAUAUACCACCUGCAGACUCCGGCCACAAGGAAUGGCCCCAUGAUGGAUCGCUGGGUUGAGCACACAGGGCAGGGCCAGCUGGUGUGGACAAUGGCUAUGGCCACAUCACAGGAUUACUUCAAGCCCUUUUCUGAAUCAUCUGUGCUGGUAUCAGCUACCUCACAGGGCUGCUGUGGGGAGUACCCACGAAAGGUACCAGAGCAGCAUCAAGAACAUAGCUGCAUGCUUAAUAAACAAGCUGCUCUUGCCAGGACUACCCACAGAUUGGAUGAGGCCUCUAUGCUUUCUGAGACCUCUGUCCCUAGGCUGCAAAACUUGGUUUUAAUGCCCAGUAUCUGUGUUUCCAUUGCUCUGAGGGAACUGGAUGGCUUAGCUUGUCCAUUUCACAGCCUGGUAGGCUGUGGCCACCUCUAGACCAUGUCAGCUCCCUCUCCUUACUUCCUCUGUGCAAACUUCAAAUGCUUCCAUGAACCGUAACCCCAAGAGCAGCUUGGGUAGUAAUGGCUUUCUGGACCCUACUGGACUUCAGAGCAGGGGUGUGCUCAUUCUGCCUUCAGGAAUCCUGAAACACUCAUCUGCUUCACUGCGAGAAGCAAGGGAGGCUGCACCCCCAGCCCCCCUCAGUGAGCGAGCUCUUCUGGGACUUUCUGGGAAGGAACCCCAGCAAGACAAGAGCAAUUGCUUGGCACUAAAGUCCUGCCCAGAACCUGCA